GCAGGAGGCCCUGGGCGUGGGCCUCAGCUGCCUGGCCAGUGCAGAGGGGCGGCUGCUGGCGCGGACGGGAAAAGUGGCAGAUGCUGGGCUCCGGCAUGGGGACACUCUCACCGCCACAGUUCGGUCGCCCCGCCUCUUCUCGCGGCGACACGCCUACGGCUUCGUUCUGAUACGCGGAGAUGGCUCUGUGGUCAGCUGGACCAAGGAGAAGGGCCUGGACACGCGGCAAAGUGACGAGGCAGACCUGGAGGCCAUGGAAGUUCAGACCACGGCUGGCGCGGUGGCGGUGCUUUGCGCGGAUGGCCGCGUCGUCAGCUGGGGCGAAACCUACUCGGGCGGCGACAGCAGCGCCGUGCGCAAGCAGCUCCACGACGUCCGCUCCAUCCAGGCGUCCGCGGGCGCCUUCGCCGCCCUGCGCUCCGAUGGCCGCGUGGUGACCUGGGGCAUCCGGGAGGCUGGCGGCGACAGUGAAGACGUCCAGGAGCAGCUGCAACACGUUGCGCAGCUCCAAGCCUCCGCGCGCGCGUUCGCGGCGGUCACGGAAGGUGGGUCGGUGGUCACUUGGGGCCAUCCCACGGCCGGCGGCGACAGCAGUGACGUUCAGUCGCAGCUGCAUGACGUCGAGGGCAUCUUCGCCUCCGGGUACUCUUUCCUGGCCCUGCGCCGCGAUGGCUCCGCCAUAACCUGGGGAAGUUCCGAGCAUGGCGCGCCCGCCGACCGGUAG